CCGAACGAUAGUCGGAGCGCAGCUAUGGCGGAGGGGGGAGGAGGUGAACCGGGCCCGGCACUCUCCCAACAAGCCGCUUGCACGCCGUCCCUUGGAGGGGAACACGAGUCUUCUUGCAGUCCGGACCCCGAGACUCAGAAGUCCGAGCUGGGGGAGCUGCUUAAAACGCAACUGAAGAAGGGAGAUGAGUGGUAUCUCAUUGACAGUCGAUGGUUCAAGCAAUGGAAGAAGUAUGUUGGAUUCGACUCUUGGGACAUGUACAAUGUGGGAGAGAGCAAUCUAUUCCCCGGGCCUAUUGAUAAUUCUGGCCUUUUUGCAGAUCCUGAGACACAGGUAUUAAAGGAACAUCUAAUUGAUGAGCUUGACUAUGUGCUGGUACCAACUGAAGCAUGGAACAAACUUAUGAGCUGGUAUGGCAGUGUACAAGGGCAACAGCCUAUUGUAAGAAAGGUAGUCGAGCAUGGCAUGUUUGUGAAGCACUGUAAAGUCGAGGUUUACCUCAUUGAACUAAAGCUCUGUGAGGACAGUGACCCAGACAAUGUGAUAAUCCGGCACUUCAGCAAAGGGGACACCAUAGAAGCCAUAGAAAAGGAAAUGAGAACUAUCUUUAAUAUCCCUGUUGACAAAGAGACCAGGUUAUGGAACAGGUAUAUGACUAAUACAUACGAGCAGCUCACCAAACCAGAUAACACAGUGCAAGAUGCUGGACUUUAUCAGGGCCAGAUUUUGGUCAUAGAACAGAAGAAUGCCGAUGGUACUUGGCCCCGGCAACCCCAAACAAAAUCGAGCACGACAACGAGUAGAAAUUUUACUACCUCUGGGAAAUCAUCAGCAAGUAGUGGUUGUGCCUCGUCGUCGUCAUCAUCAUCUGCCUCGUCAUCUUCGACUAUCACAAAUGGAGAGAGCAACAGCUCCUAUGCUCUGAAUAGCCUCGGAAAAGGAGGAUAUUCUUCAUCCUACAAUUCUUCCUACAGUUACAGAGAGCCCUUGUCUCAGCCUGGCCUCUGUGGACUCAGCAAUCUUGGAAAUACCUGCUUCAUGAACUCUGCUCUGCAGUGUUUGAGUAAUGUCCCACCACUGACAGAAUUCUUCCUAUCAGAUGAGUAUAAAAAGGAGAUUAACAGGGAAAAUCCUUUGGGAAUGAGAGGAGAGAUUGCAAUGGCCUAUGCAGAAUUGAUCCGCCAAAUCUGGUCAGGAGACUAUACGUAUGUGGCUCCGCGGAUGUUUAAAACACAGGUUGGUAGGUUUGCUCCGCAAUUUUCUGGAUAUCAGCAGCAAGAUUCUCAAGAACUUCUAGCGUUUCUGUUGGACGGCCUACAUGAAGAUCUUAACAGAGUCAAAAAGAAGCCAUACCUGGAGCUGAAGGAUGCCAAUGGCAGGCCAGAUGCGGUUGUGGCUGUAGAGGCUUGGGGCAAUCAUCUGCGGAGAAACAACUCCAUCAUUGUUGAUAUUUUCCAUGGCCUUUUCAAGUCCACUCUUGUGUGCCCAGAAUGCUCUAAAAUCUCUGUAACCUUUGAUCCCUUCUGCUACCUAACCCUUCCACUGCCCAUGAAAAAAGACCGCACUAUGGAAUUGUUUCUGGUCCGUGCUGACCCCCAGUGCAAACCCACCCAGUACCGCUUAGUAGUACCCAAGAUGGGAGCAGUUUCUGAUCUAUGUGCAGCAUUAUCUAAAUUAUCGGAUGUGCCUGCUGAAAAUAUGGUGGUGACAGACGUAUAUAACCAUCGCUUUCAUAAAAUCUUCCAAAUGGAUGAAAUGCUCAGCCAUAUUAUGGAGAGGGACGAUCUCUUUGUCUAUGAAGUGAAAUCUACAAGGAGUGACGACUCGGAGUGGCUCACGCUGCCCAUCUGCUUCAGAGAGCGGCGUUUCCGUCAGACCACCUCAGCCGGCACCAUGUUAUUCGGACAACCCCUGCUAGUGUCUGUACCAAGGAACAACCUCACUGCCGAAAUAUUGUACAAUGUCGUGCUGGAAAGAAUCCAACGUUAUAUAAAAUCUCCACUUCCAGACGAGUACUCCUGCCUAAAUUCAGACGGCCGGGCGUGCAAUGGCUCAAACGGAAUAUAUGACGAUGAAGAGAUGGAUCACCAAGAUGAACGAGAUGAGAGGGAGGAAUCCCCAGAGGAGUCCAAUGGGCAAUCCGAUGAUAGCGUAGAGGAUGAAAGCUCGGAAGGAGGCUGCAGCCCCUGCAACAAGAUGCCAAAGAAAGCCAGGGACUGCCGCAAGAGGCUCUUCACGUUCAGUCUUGUCAACUCGUACGCCACCUCUGAUGUGGGAUCCAUGCCUGCCGAGGGAUCCAUCUUAAAACUCAACUCUUAUUCUACCAUUGCUAUUGACUGGAACACUGAAGCAAAGAAGCUGUUUUAUGAUGACCAGGAGGCAGAGGCUUUUGACAAACAUGAAUCGAUGCUACAGCCACAGAAAAAAAAGAUUACAGUAGCCCUGAGAGAUUGUAUUCAGCUGUUUACCAAGAAGGAGACACUUGGGGAGCAUGAUCCCUGGUAUUGUCCAAACUGCAGAAAGCAUCAGCAGGCCACCAAGAAAUUUGACCUAUGGUCUUUGCCAAAAAUCCUGGUGGUGCAUUUAAAGCGCUUUUCUUAUAAUCGUUACUGGAGGGACAAACUUGAUGCUGUGGUUGAAUUUCCAAUCAGGAACCUGAAUAUGUCCGAGUUUGUCUGUGAUCUAACAGCGGGUCCCUAUUUGUAUGACCUUGUUGCUGUUUCAAAUCACUAUGGAGGAAUGGGAGGUGGACAUUAUACAGCAUAUGCAAAGAAUCACGAAAAUGGACAGUGGUACUAUUUUGAUGACAGCAGUGUUUCUCCAGCUUCUGAAGAUCAGAUUGUGACAAAAGCUGCCUAUGUUUUAUUCUACCAGCGCCAGGAUGAUGAUCACUUUAAAACCUCGUUGCCUACAGCUUCAGUUAGUACAGCUGCAACGGAGGAAGACGGGGAUGGACAGGGGAAACACGAGCUUGACUCUAUGGACACCAACUAGGGAUUUUCACCUUUACCAUGUGCAGUUGUAAUGUCCCAUCCACGAGACCUGGGACUCCUUACUGAAAUCUCCGUCUUUCUGCUCCAAGAUGUACAUACUACCCUUGAAAUCUGAGGAGCAAUCGCUAUGAACAACGAUAACACUGCUAAGGCAAAUAAAUUACUGUGGAUUUAAUAUUUCCUGAAGAGAGAGGGGGGGAAAUGAAUUUAUAAUACUUAUUUCAUACAAUGUUCUUUGUAGAACAAGCAUUUGGUGAUUGUGGGUAUUAAAGACCUGAAUUUGAGAAGGAGAAAAAGACAAAUCCGAACUAUUGAAUAUAAAAAGCUAUAGGUUACAUGGUUUGGUGCUCUGUAAGUGCUCAGAAAGGAAUAUUUAAUUUAACACCCCGGCUUUAUCCCCCUCCCAACAUUUAAUUUGAGCAAAAUGAACACCAGCAGCCUUUGAAGAGUAUAUUUUUUAAUACAAAGUACUGUAGCACUGGCUAAGAACUUUAUCCCAGCUAUUUCUAUGGUGCGUGGGAAACUUUUCUCUGCAAGAGAAGAGGGGUGGGAUGGGGGUAUGCUUUUCAUCACAUAACCCUGUGGAGUACAAGGGUUUGUAAAGGCCCUUAAAUAGUAAGGUAAAAUGCAUUGCUUCGGAAGCAGUUUAUUUUUUCCUCCCCUUUUGUGUGGGUUAUAUUUAUUGCUUUUUUUGUUUUUGUUUUAAGAGGACAGUGUGUACAGCGCUGCACGGUGUAUCAGCGUGAAGAUGUGGUUUGCUGAUUUGUGUGCCCAUAUCCUCCAUGCAUCAUACAAUCUGUUACUCCAGAAGCUCUGAUUGCCAGUGAUGUAUUGCUGGGUACCAGUACAUUGCGAAAGCUACAUGUGUUAUGAGCUGCUCGGGCCGCGAAGGGGCUAUUAAAUGUCAUGUUCGAACACCUUUCUGCUAUUAUUUAAAGUGGCAAUAUGGCUGUAUAGCAGUGGUUUAUGCAUUGUGUAUGGUCUAAGUGCAUGUUUCAGCAAAAGUAUGUGUUUUCUUUAUUUUUUUUUAGAUUAGUGUUACACCUAGAAACUAUAUUUUGUUCUCUGAAACUGUAGUCACUUCACAAGCGCCACGAGACGGCAGUAUCCUUCUGGUGCCUUUUUUUAGUUACCUAGAUGUCUGAAACAUCACAUUAGAGCUCUUUAAUGUCUGUCUGAUAGCUGUGCAGUUACUGAUAUGUCUGACUGUAGCCGGUAAAGGAAUCCUGCGUAAACAUUGUUUUAGCUGUAAACAAGGAAACAUAACAUGCAACGGUAAUUCUAACUACUUUGUUUAGUUAAUCCUUUGGAUUCCUUUACUUUGUGCCUUUCCUGGAACCGCUAAAUCCUGCUGUACAGCGCUGCGGCGUGCGAUUGCACCAUAAAAAUCAAUAAAUAAUGACAAAGCAGCCGUACAA